AUUUUGCUUCAACCUUAAUUAAUUCCGUAUUUACGGAUUUCCCUAAUAGCAAAUUGCGAUUUUUUUUGUUGGAAACAUAUUUCAGUCGCCAGUUUAUAUUUGUAUGUAGUGUUUAGCUCCAGGUGUAAAGUCGGAGAAGCAGCGAAACACGUUGAACUCAUAAAAUCAAGAUCUUGAAAAACGGAAAAGCAAAAUAGUGCAGUUUUAAAAAAUUUCAGCGUCCCAUCGAGUACAACAGCUUAAAAUCCACCAGGAACACGUUUAUUAGCUUCACUUAUGUAUGUACGUAACUUUUUCCACUGCAAGAAGGCGAUCAAAACUGUGAGCAACUCAGCAAAAAGAUGCGCUUAAAAGUAUGCAACAUAUGUAUAUAAAUACAUAUCCAUAAUGAAAAUAAAUUUUAUAGAAUAGCUAUGCAUACUUAUAUAGCGGUGAAUUUAAAAUGUAAAGACGAACUUAACAAAUAUAUGUGUUAACAUAGAAAUAAUAGCUGUCAUCGAUUGGCUAACUGCUAUAGACAAGCCAAUCGAAAAAACUUUCCAAAUUUUAUACGAACUGGAGCACUGAAAUCGAAUUGUCUAUACUUGGGCGGACUGAAGUCUUUGACAGUUUGUUAUCAAAACAAUUUAAUUUUCAAAGUUGGAAAAGAUAGAAUAAUUUUAUGUUAAAAACUAAAAUGGAAAACAACGAGUAUUUUAAUUUGGUUUCUCAGUAUUUACAAAAUGAAGAGGAGCUUAUGAUUGGGAGUGCUGGUAUACUAGCAUUUUUAGAUGAAUUGCCAUCUAGCUCCUGCUCGGAAUCUUCAUCAAGCUCUGAGGAAUCGGAAAGGGAGGAAACCUCUAAAUGCCAAAACUUUUGCGAAGUCAUUGAUGGCUAUGGUGGGAAUGAAUUCAAAUCGCACAUGACCGUGGAAUUUUUAAUAGCAGUUGUGGAUGCUGAUAAAAGAUUCGUAGAUGUAACUUGUGGUGAACCUGGUUCUCUUCAUGACAGCAGAGUUCUUCGUAGAUCGCAUCUUGGGGAAACUUUAGUAUACUAUCCCAGGCUUUGGGGGAUAAAGUGGGCAUGGUUGGAAAGAGGAGGUUCUCCAGACUAAGAAUAUAUAUAUAUAUAUAUAUAUAUAGCUGCAGCUGAUUUAUAGUUUUCGAGAUAUUCGCACUUAAAGUUGAAAAAAGUGCAACUUUUAUAUUGAAUUUUCACAAAAUAUACUGAAUAUUUUAUUAAAAUUAUGCACUUAUUUUACACUUACACUUCACCACAUUGUUUCUGCAUAUUUAUUUUAUAAAUAUUAUCACGAAAAUAGCUGUAAAUAAAUAUUUAACAUUUUACACAAAUCUCUUAAUUUUAACAAUAACAAAAAGGGUUGCAGCUUGACAAGUAAUAAGUGUUGCCAUAUCAGAUAUUUUGCAAACGAAUGAGAAGAACCAAAAUAAAUAAAUACCCAAAAUGCAGAAAACAAAUGCCCUCUAAAAAGAUUGUAUAAAUAUAAUAUAAAGAAAGUUUAUGAUAUUCACUCUACGUACUAUAAGUAUAUUUUAUUGCAUCAAUAAGUUUAACAAACGGAUCUUCGUAUUUAUUUGCUAUCUUUUCUAUUAUCAAAUUUGCAAAAUCUUCAGGAUUGUUGUAAUUAUCCUUUAUAAAAAAAACAUUUGAUGACCCGCCACCGGGACUCAAUGCGCUGCGUAUGGGUUCCAUCAUCGGCAACAAAUGGAUUGUCCGGAUCGCUGUGAUUUACACGGCGGUGCUCAUACCCGUGACUUGCCAAGCAGUCGUACGCCUUCCAGCAGUCGGUACAUAUUAUUGUACUUUCUGCGACAUGCUUUUGAAUUAGAGGUAUGAGCACCUCGGAAGACCGUACGUUGUCCGGUCAUACUUCUAACCUUAAAUCGUCGCUACCGUCCUCUACCAUUCCCAAUACCCAGUGGCCUUCAACUCUCCUUCCUAAAAAAGAAAUAAAAAAUAAGUACUUAUCUAACGUAAACAAUAAUAUAUUUGCUAUUACCUUUGUUGAAUUUUCGUUUACCGAAUUUACUUUCAUCGAUUUGAACUUUUUUGCCAGGGCCGCCAAUUUUUCCCACCGCUACCUGCUGUUCGAUUUGGUACAAUACCACCGCUUCGC